CUGUAAACACCUACAAGGCCGUCAGAGCCACAAGAGCAGAAGGGGAGCUAACAGAGGAGCGGUCUCUCUGAGGAUGUUCAUUGUGUUCUGCUUUAAAUCCUGAGGUUUGUGGAAGUGUGCAAAUGGAAACUUGUACAAUAUCUGGUGGAGAGACAUCAGACUCCAUGGGACAUGUCACAGACCUUCAGGAAGUUAUAAAAAAGGAAGACUCAUCUGUUUGCCGUGAGGGACGCAUCACACAGGAGACACAUGUAAAAAAGGAAGAACCUGAAGAAGAAGACUACCUCUGUGAUGGGACAUCAAACUUCACGGAAAGCAUAGUCCAACUGAACGGAGGAUUUCACGGGAAGCUUGUAAAAGAGGAAGAGACUGAAGAUGAAGACUACCCUCAUGCAGCAGACAUGAACACUGCUCAAGUCUUGUCCUGCUCCUGGUGUUCACUUUCAUUUACAUCUCAAAUUUACCUCCACAAACACAUCGAAAGAUGCCACUAUGAGGAAUAUGAGAAUUUAAAAUCAGGAGAGAUAAAAUAUGUCACCAGUAUUCAGCAAAGAGGUAUUAACUCUGGUGUUAUCUCUAACCAGCGAGUGGAGAAAGACGUUUAUCCCUGCUCACAGUGUGGGAAGGGUUUUACUGACCGGAGUAAUCUCAGACGACACCAAUACAUUCACACAGGAGUGAAACCACAUCACUGCUCAUGGUGUGGAAAGUGUUUUAUUCAAAGGAGAGAUCUCAAAGAACACCAGGUCAUUCACACAGGUGAGAAGCUGUAUCAUUGCUCCCAGUGCGGGAAGAGUUUCUCUCGACAGCGUGAUCUCCAAACACACCAACGCAUUCACACGGGGGAAAAGUUGUAUCGCUGUUCAGAGUGUGGAAAAGGUUUUAAUCGACAGAGCAAUCUCAUUCAGCACCAGGUCAUUCACACAGGAGAGAAGCCGUAUCACUGCUCACAGUGUGGGAAGAGUUUUACUCGACAGAGUAAUCUUGUACAGCACCAAACCAUUCACACAGGGGAGAGGCUAUAUCACUGCUCACACUGUGGAAAGAGUUUUAUUCACCAGAGUUAUCUCCAACGUCACCAGUGUGUUCACACGGGAGAGAAGCCGUAUCAGUGCUCGCAGUGUGAGAAGAGCUUUACUCGACAGAUCGAUGUCCAACGGCACCAGCUUAGUCACACGGGAGAGAAGCCGUAUCAGUGCUCGCAGUGCGGGAAGAGUUUUACCCGACAGAGUACCCUUAAAUCCCACUGGCGUAUUCACACCGGACAGAAGCCGUAUGACUGCUCGGAGUGUGGCAAGAGUUUUACUCGACAUAGUGAUCUCCAGCGGCACCAACGUGUUCACACUGGAGAGAAGCCGUAUUGCUGUUUACACUGUGGGAAGAGUUUUACUCGACACAGUACACUGGAAGCACACCAGAUCAUUCACACUGGACAGAAGUAUGGAGUUAAAGUUAUAGCAUUAGAAAUUUGAAUGCUGUAUUUGAACAUCAUUAAUGAAUUUUGUGAUCAGGUAUGACAAAUGGAUUAAAAUGUCAUAUACAGUAAAAUGUGUAUUGUUUCACUGAUGCCAGCUACACAAUGCUUUCAUGAUAAAACAAUCUAUAUUCACACUCAAAGCUGGGCUUAAGGCUAGUUCACACUACAAGACUUUAACCGUCAGCAGAUCGCUUUGCUGUUCAGACUACAUGACUUCACUGUAUGUCUUUUUGUCCUUGUGGUGUUCACACUAAAUGAUCCACAAGAGGGCGUCGCACACCACACCAUCUGACAACAACUCUCAACUCUGUUGACUUGCUCUCUCAUUGACUGGAGGUCGUAGCUACAGUUGACACCAUGUGAUGUCGAGUCGGCCGACCGUCCCAGAUGUUUAACAUGCCAGAUAUCUGGAUUUUGUCUGCGAGGUGUCAGCGACGCGUCGUAGAGUAGUUCACACAUAAAGAUCGCCGAGCGCUGAUCACCCGCUGAUUUUCCCACGAUCACAGACCGAUCUGUCGGCCAGCUCGUUAAUGUGCACAUUGGGCUUAAAAUCCUGUAGUGUGAACGAGGCUUUAUGUGAGAAGGAAAGAUCUCAGUGGAGUGUAGUCUUGGCAUGAUGGAGCAGAUCCUGAAAUGGUAUGUAGGCAUGCUU